AAUGUACACAAAUACUGCCAUGUGCUUCGCGCGUGAAGGGUGAUCAGCUGACAGCCACAGACAUCGAUGUUUCUUUGACAAGCGUACAUUUCACAAUGGAAAGAGAAUUAUGUCCACCGCUUCUAAAACUGGACUCGAACCUCGGUUACACCAUCAACUCCUUCAACCGCAGCAUCAACAGUGUUGUCAACGUCCUCUGCAACAAUCGCACAGUCACUGUGCUGAAGUGCCUUUCAAGUCGUGUCUGGAACGGCACCAAAGCGCCCUGUACACAAGACGUGGAAGUGGCGGAGGCGGAGGAGGUGCAGGUGGAGACGAUCAUCAUCAUCGUCUGGGUGCUAGGUGGCGUCCUGCUGCUCGCGCUCCUCGUGCUGCUGGCCGUCAUCGUCACGUCACACAAGAAGGAUGUCCGGGGCGGUUCACCAAGAACGUCGAUCUUUACCGUAACGUCCAACCGAAACUCACGAGGGGGAGACAACCCAGCAUUUACGACUGAGAACGAAUCCACACAGGGUCAGACGUCCUUAGCCAGGAAUGGUUCCCACAGGUCGUCCCUCCGCCCGCCGUCUUACCAUGAAGCUGUCUCCGGGAGGAUCAUAUGUGUCCCGGGCGUGGCCGCAAGAAUGUCCCCGAACGUGGGUAGAGCGACACCUAGCGGCGGGAGAAGGGAGAUCAACAGCCCAAGAACUCGCCAAAAUAGGGACGAUAAUUCCAGGUCCAACAACGGCACGAGAGGACGCUACGUAUAUGAUUACCCAUCAUGCUACUGGGAGGAAGAACCCCCACCGCCAUAUUCACUUGUCGUCGGAGACAGACCCGAACCGUCUACGAGAAUUCCAGCAAGCACCCCACACCCUCCUCGAAGUGCUCCGAAUGCAAGUGUAGAUUCUUCCCGAAUUCAACACAUCGAGAGACAUAGGCCCCAUCAAGCCUCGGCUCCGAUAGCCAGGUCAGUUAGAGUAUGAUUAUUUCUGACUGUGAAGAGGUUGGAUUUCAAAACCAACGACGGCUCGAGAUUUGCAUCACGUUGAGACGAGAUACCCCGAGACCGAUGCAAUCGUUCCAAAGUGACAAGAACACUUUUAACGCCUUUGUGAUUUUUCACCAAAACACGGGUGAUGACAUCUCACGUCACGUGACCGUCCAGAGACAAUGUCAAUAAGUUCCCAUGUGCAAUAACUGAGAUAAGGCAAUAUAUUUCAACGUGCAAUCUGACAUUUGAUAUUGACAGUCCGUGUCAAUUACAUGUAAUUACCUGCUGUGGAUAUCCUAGUGAAACAGACGUGCUUUAGUAACGUGUGCAGUGACUCUGUGUGUGCCAAACUCUGUCUUACGGCUGCAUGUACUUAACGGCGCCCACACUACACCUUGUGUGUUCGCUUUACUAACAAGCUGGUUAUGUCUGUACAUAUUAUCAGUAUUUCAUCUUUGCUUUAUAUCGGUGCUACCAAGCAGUAUUACUUCAUCAGUACCGCAAUACUCAUAUUCCAGCUGCCUUACUGGAUGUACAUUGCUAGACCUAGUCAUGCUUCCUCGCGGGAUGCCAACUCACAUGUCAUCAGACAAAUUCAGACUUCGUGCUAUUCCAUUCAGCGUUCUAAAACAACCAAACUGUCACGUUAGAAAUACAUUUCAACUAUAACAUUUAAAAAACCACUAUAUAUACUGGCAGUUCCAAAUGAGUCAUUUGUCCUUUUAGCCAAAUUAGAGAGACAGCCGAGCAAUGUCUUUUUGUAUAUUCCAAACCAUCCUAUAAAAACAAGCCACAUGUCUUGUCCUCCUUACCAUUGAACCAGCGAAGGCCAGUCACUGCAGCCUGGACUUCUUCGUUUUAUAAACCUUGAUAAGGAGGCUUUUCUCGUCAACCUUCAACUCCAAAGCUUUUAAGUAAGGAUAAGAUAUAUGGAUGAACAACUUCUUUAUUACAAUUUGGAGCGACGUUUCGGUGUAAGCUUUUCUUAUAUUUAGGAACCUGGACAGAAAUGCGGACUAUCAAAACCUUAUAUUACAACUCGAUUUUGUAAUUUGCUCGAAAAAAGGAUGAUAAGGAGGUGUAGAUGAAGCCGUUUCGCGGUAGUGUUUUAAAUAUGGCUGUUAAUCAGCGACGGCAGUCCCGUUGUGAAAGUGGCCGUGUACAGCUUGUGUAAGUAUGUAGAUAAGUAAGUAGAUAGCGUGUCCGAGUGCUAGAGUCAUCCAAAGAACACUGUACAUAUUACCACUCCGUGCUUCCUAGACGUCACGACAGUUAGCUUUCGUGACCAUUCGUGUCAUUCCGGGAAAUGCCUGGCAGGUUACGGAAAGGGACGAGUGGUGACGAAUGAUCAAGUAGUUAAACUAGUUUAGCAACUUAUCGGAUCUUUCCGUCACCACGGAAACGACCGAUCUGGAUUUUGCGGCAUUGCCUACAUCGGUAUUAUUGACAGAAGUCUUCCACUAGCAAAUUAGAUACAUAUAUAUAUAUGUACAUAUGCAUAUAUUGCAAUUAACAUUGCAUAACGCGCCUGAGCGUCAAAUCAAAGUUGUGUAUAUAUAUUCUGAGAGUAUUACAAUGAUUUUUGUCUUGUUCUAUUGGAAGUCCAUCACGUUCUUUUGAAUUUUCACAUUGUUUAAUUCAGUAAGUACUAGUUGUAAUGGUUGUAAUAGUCUUUGUUUUAACGAGAAGUCGUUUCCUAGCUACGCCCGUACCGCCAAUGACCGUGUGUCACAUGUUCCCGCUGCCAGCUUAUUUCAGUUACAACCUCUGUACAUUGCACUGUGUGAUAAUCUAAUGUAAAAGUGUUAUGAAUAUAUCUCCAUGUCAUGUUGAUCUAUCACUUUCAUAAUACUCCUGGUUGUGUGCCUUCAUAUGUUUUGAUACAGUAAUAUAUUUACAUGUUUAUAUGUAACCUAUGUCGUGUGCCUUUCACUCACAUCUGUGAUGUCUGUCACAACAGACACGUCUAUCAACUGUCAAUGUUCACGCCCAGUCCGUAUAGUCUCUUACGGAAAGGGGCGAGUGUUGACAAAUACCAUUGUACAUAAUCAUUGUCUCUCCCGAACUCACAGAAAGAGACGAGUUUUGACGAACACCAACGUAGUUUGCACGAAAGCCAAUGGCAAAUAUGAUCAUAUGUGUUUUUUAAGGGUGCUCUCAAAAAUGUUUUUGUACCGAACAUUUGUAAUGUCGUUCGAUGAAAUCCAGUAUUUGAGGCGUGUCUCAAGUCAGUCAUUGAGAAAAAUGUUUUGAUACUUUUUUAACUGAAAAUGUGAUGCUAUGCAAUGACCAAUGACUACUUAGUGUGCCUGACAUGUCCGUGUUGUUACUUGUUUCAUCCCUGUCCAGUCAUUAUUGUCUUCCAAAUAAAUACGUUUUCAAUGUA